CGGUUCUGAGCAGGCAGCGCAAGACCAUAAAUGCCUUUGCUGGAGCUGAGUGUUCGGCUUUUGUCCUUUUUCUUUCUCUUGCCUUUAUUUAAAUCUGCUUGAUCUCUACCCAAUUCAGUAACCCACUUCCACUGUGCGCCUGCCAGAACCUUUGUGAGGCCGGAACCAAUAUGCUGUGCCUCGAUGGCGGCCGGAGGACUGUUUUGUCAAGGACCACCAAGUCUGUGAGAAGGGUUGGUCGGGACAGUUCCGGCGGGAGAAGGCGGCAGUGAGGUCUUCGUCUUCGUCUCCUGAGAUGCACCGACAGAAUUUUCGACCCCCGACUCCUCCCUACCCCGGCGCGGGUGUAGGAGGUUGGGGUAGCGGGAGCAGCUUCCGGGGUACCCCGGGCGGAGGCGGACCGCGGCCGCCCUCCCCUCGGGACGGGUACGGGAGUCCGCACCACACGCCGCCGUACGGGCCCCGGUCUAGGCCCUACGGGAGCAGCCACUCUCCGCGACACGGCGGCAGCUUCCCGGGGGGCCGAUUCGGGUCUCCGUCCCCUGGCGGCUACCCUGGCUCCUACUCCAAGUCCCCCGCGGGGUCCCAGCAGCAAUUCGGCUACUCCCCAGGGCAGCAGCAGACCCACCCCCAGGGUUCUCCAAGGACAUCUACACCAUUUGGAUCAGGGCGUGGUAGAGAAAAAAGAAUGUCUAAUGAGUUGGAAAAUUAUUUCAAGCCUUCAAUGCUUGAAGACCCUUGGGCUGGCCUAGAACCAGUAUCUGUAGUGGAUAUUAACCAACAAUACAGCAAUACUCAAACAUUCACAGGCAAAAAAGGAAGAUACUUUUGUUAACAUUUCUGAAAUUCACCCGGAAGCUUCAUGUGUCAGGAACAUCUUGGACAAAACUUUUACUCCUGUAAUUAAGUUGAACCCUAAGAUGGUGACUUUGAAUAAUUAGUUGAGUCUUCUUGGUAUUUUUCAUCUUAUCAAGUAUUGUUGAGAUUAGAGAAGACAUACAGUAGAGUAAUUUGCAAUAUUUAGCUCUUUGGAAGUGCCUACCACAUUUUAGAAGAUUCACAGUUUCCAAAUAUUUAACGUUCAUGGUUAUAUAAUGGACAUUUGUCUUUCAAUGGUUUUCCAAUGUUUUAAAAUAAAACAUUUUGUCUUUCUAGA